CCCCCUCCAGGUAAGAUCAAGUACUCGGAGCAGGUGUAUGACUCCUGCAUGGAGGCGUUUGAUUGCCUGCCCCUGGCAGCCCUGAUGAACCAGCAGUUCCUGUGUGUGCAUGGGGGGCUUUCACCAGAGAUCCACACGCUGGACGACAUCAAGAAGUUGGACCGGUUCAAGGAGCCCCCAGCAUUUGGGCCCAUGUGCGACCUGCUGUGGGCCGACCCCCUGGAAGACUUUGGCAACGAGAAGACCCAAGAAUACUUUGGCCACAACACAGUCAGAGGCUGCUCCUAUUUUUACAGUUACCCAGCAGUGUGCGAGUUCCUACAGACCAACAACCUGCUGUCAAUCAUCAGAGCGCAUGAAGCACAGGAUGCCGGGUAUCGUAUGUACAGGAAGAGUCAGACUACAGGUUUUCCCUCCCUCAUCACAAUCUUCUCUGCUCCAAACUACCUGGAUGUCUACAACAACAAAGCGGCGGUGCUGAAGUAUGAGAACAAUGUGAUGAACAUCCGUCAGUUCAACUGCUCUCCUCACCCCUACUGGCUGCCCAACUUCAUGGACGUCUUCACCUGGUCGCUGCCUUUCGUGGGAGAAAAGGUGACUGAGAUGCUGGUCAAUGUCCUGAGUAUCUGCUCUGACGACGAACUCGUGAACGACGGAGAGGAGAUCUUCGACGCCAGUGCAGCAGCAGCCAGGAAAGAGGUGAUCAAAAACAAGAUUCGAGCCAUAGGGAAGAUGGCUAAAAUGUUCUCCGUUCUACGGGAGGAGAGCGAGAACGUGUUGACCCUGAAGGGGCUGACCCCUACGGGCAUGCUGCCCAGCGGAGUGCUGUCUGGAGGCAAGCAGACCUUGCAGAGCGCUACCAUUGAGGCCAUUGAAGCCAUCGAGACAGUUAAGGAUGCUGAAGGUAAAGUCCCACUCAUUUCACUGUGUGUUUGUGUGUGUGUGUGUGUGUGUGUGUGUGCGCGCACGCAAAGCACAUGUGUGCAGCCACUCUGCCACCCAUGUUCAUAAGGUCAUAGAUUUUUUUUUACCCACGAUUCACUGAGCUCUUCUAACCACAUCAGCGCUCACAGCAAAGCCUAAAAGCGAUGCACGCAUGAAGCCACCACAUUACAACACAUGAAGCAUCCACAUGCUUUUCUCUUUCCUUCUCUUGGAACACAGGAAACACCACUUAUCUCCAAACACACAGACAUGUACAGUUGUGUGAAAAAGUGUUUGCCCCCUUCCUGAUUUCUU